GCGGGCGGAGGGAGCGGUGAGGCGGGCGGCCCGGCGCCGGAAGCGGCAGCGAACGGGAGUGCGGGGGGGACACAUGGAGCGGCUCCGCAAAGUGUGUCGGGGCCGCACGAUGACCUUCGGAGUGCCGCUACUGCUCUACCUUGUUGGGGGAUCUUUUGGACUCCGUGAGUUUGCUCAGAUAAGAUAUGAUGUCCACAAGCUACAUGGCAAGGUUGAUCCUGCUUUGAAGGAAAAAUUGAAGCAGAACAAUGUGACAUUGGAGUCUGAAUAUGAGAAAUUGGAAAAAUCUGACUUGAAUAACUGGGAGAACAUCAGAGGACCCCAGCUGGGGGAAGACUCCAGGACGGUUCAGAAGCAGCGGCGGGAGGCUGCCCGUCUCAAGGCACAGUGAUUGAGCAAGUCUGCAUUGCUGCCUACAGAACCAAGUCUCAGGCUGGACUACCUUAUCUUCUAAUCCAGCAUCAGGAACAGAUAUGGGAUAGAGGAAUUGCCAUGAGCCAUUCAUGCCACUGUGUAUAUAACCAAAUGUGAGAUCAAACCAAAAAGCACUAUGUUGUAUGAAGUUCUUUGUUUGCAUCUGUUUGCACAGAAUUCCAUAGGCUGUAUAUGAGAGUUCUCAAUUAAAAAAAAAAAAAAAAAAAAAAAGCUGAUUUUGGGAAUAUCACAGUUUUCGUUUUUCACUGUUUUUUGACUACUGCAGUUCGAAAGUGAGGUGCUUCAGCAAGAGUUCGCAUUUCAAGAGUCAUUUCUCAGUGCUACAGUGAAAACAACAGUGCUGUCAUCUUGAUGUGUGUGACCAGAUAAGUGCUGCUUUGGUGAGCCCCUUGACUUCAAGGGGUGACUUCAAGCUCUUAAGCUUGGAAAGGACUCCACAGGCAUAUGAACUGUUUGGAAACAGUGAGCUUGUUUUUGGCUAAAUAAUAUUAUUGUGUUUCAUUUUCAGGAACUUGUCUGCACAGGAGCGUGUGCAGUGUCAGCUGGUAAUUGGCCAAGUAGUGUUUAUUUAGCCAUGGGCUGAUUUUUUUAUUAGUUUAACUGUCACUGCAUGCAGGCAGGAUCUUUGUGUUGGAGCUUCUCAGCUUAAGUUACCAUGACCUGUGCAGUUUUCAUGUGAGCAAGCACUGCGGCAGCAUCUUCCUGAAGCACUGUGUAGUGGUAAAGCACAUCUUAUGUGUAUGAUUACAUGUAUAUUUGUGCACAUGCACAAAAAUGCUUCCCUUUUGAUGAAUUAUUCUGAAAUGUCUUUUUGUCUUUGCUACUGAUUUGCUAUUAGAGGAGGACAUACUUCUUCAGAGGAAUGGAGCACUAGAGCACAGAUUAACAGUAGGUUCUGGAUUCAGAGCGUUCAUUGAUGCCUAUAGGUAAAAACCUUGGGGAAUCACAAAUGUGUGGUUUUUCUCUCUGCAGGGGAUUUGUCAAAUGCAACCCAAAUGUCCUUUUGGACGCUUUAUUUAGGGGUAGCUUCCUUGUGCUCAUGUAAAUCUUCCCUCAACAUGUAGUUUUUACAGUGUCUUGUGGUAAGGUCCAGUCUUUCUCUCAGGAAGAGGAAUCUACAUUGUUUUUGAAGAGUUUGAGAAGCAAGCCAUAAAGUGGUAAGUAUAAUGUCUUACCCUUGUCUUCUUCAGGCUUUCUCCUGACAGAGUUGUAAAGACCAUCAGAAUGUGUAUCUUAGAUGGAACAAGCUGUGUGUUUGUGUGUUUCCCUGUGCAGAAACAUAUAUUUUUAUUUCUAAGUAAAUAACCAUGAGAGGACCAAGAGGAGCAGUACAAGGCAAGGCAAAUGUAUAUGCUAUAAGGAAAUUAUUAUAAAAACCUAGAAUAUGGGGACAUUAAGCUUUGCUACAACUGGAGAAGAAGGAACAUUUCAUUGUUUCUACAUUCUUUUUUACCUAGAAAUUAAUAUGAUGUUCUUAGGCAAAUAAGAUAUAAAAUAGGACAAAUAAAGAGCAACUCAAACUACCUAGCUUGCUAAGCAUCUCUUCAGCUCCUAAAUUCAAAUUCUGGUGCAGCUCCACUGGCAGCAGCAAGAUUGAUUGCUCAGAGUGCAGUAAGUGCAGUGACAGCCUUCCCUGAGCUAGAGCUCCUAAUAACACUAGCACUACAGUGGCUGCUAAGGUACUAGCUGGGCCCCUGGAAUUGCUUCCUUACAUUGUGUGGUAUAGGUCCAUCUUAUGUGGAUUCUUCAGAUUCCUUAUUUCUUUUCCAGAGGAAGUGUCUUCCUUUCCUAGCCUUGACUGAAGUUGCCUUUAUUUUACAGAUGGUGAGGAAUCAGUAGCUCCCAGUCUUGCAACACUUGCUCACAUUAUGGGUGAAUACUACCCCUGAAAUAAUGUAUUUCUAGGGGCAGCGCAUAGGAAAAGUUACCUCUUCUCUCGUGGGAAGAGGAAAAGAUAUUUCUCUUUCAUGAAGCCCUUAUGUGUAUCAUGUUCCUUCAUGGCCAAGUCACACACAGUGAAAAUAACCCAUGUAUUUUCUGAAUUUUUUUUCAGGCAUAUUAGUAAUAUUGGAUUAGGAGAGUUUUAGCAGAGGGUUAGGGUGGGUGGUCCCUAGAGGCCCUUUCCAAGCCCCUGUGAAUCUGUGAGCUCAGUGUAGCACCUGUGAGUAUCCAGCCGGAUGGUUCCCAGCUGCUAGCACUGUUUCAGCAGUGGGGACAGCAGUGAAAAAGACAAGCUGCAUUCUGGGUGGCUGUGCACAGCUGUGAUACCACAAAAUGAAGAGCUGCUCAAUCAGCUCUUUGGCUAAUGGUGGUGACUGUGGUGAAAAACAGUGUUCUGUAGCUGAGAAUUUGCUCUAUCAAAUAGUGUUAUUGUGCUCUUUGCAAUUGUUAUAGUCUGCAUGGAAACAAAUAGGCAUUACUUUUGGAGUGACCUAAUGAGAGGUGAGUGGAGGAGCUUUUAAGCCAGUGUGCAGAAUGCAGAAACUUCUUAAAAAUGCCUUAGAUACACGCCAUCAACAGGUGGGGAGCAGUGCUGAGAAACAGGGUCGGUAGCACUGAUUGGUGUUGGCAGCAACAUGUGCACAGCGCUCAGCACUCAGACUGGGAGAAACCCAUUUCUGCACAGAGAAGCAGCAGCCUGGAGUGAUUUAAAGGUGAGUGUUCAGUGGAAGUUUUUUCUCAGCUGCAUGUACGUGUUCAUAGGUGAAACUUAAAGCGGUAUGUUUCACCUUCUGAGGUACGUACAUAGAUUCUUAUAAUUCUCAGUAAUCUUGGAUUUGCUUUAAGUUGCUGUGUUUGAAUUUCCAGCAUGAGCCCAGGACAAGUUGCAUGUUGAUUUCCAGUGUUUUCUAUGGGCUUUUCUUGUAUGAAAGAGGAAAACCUAAGUAUUAUCCUUCGAUUCAAGCAAUGUUUCUUAUGUGCUCUGGAGAAAAAUAAGAAGGAAAGAAAGGGUUGGUCUAGAGGCUUAGAGAAAGCAAAAGAGCCAUUUUGACCUGAAGAUGAGCACGGAAUUUUCCAUAAACUUUUGUUUUUGGAGAGGCUUCUUUUUCUCAGUGUUUUCAGUGGAAAGUUUCUUUUCAUUCUUCAUUGGAGAAGGGUUCUCAGUAAAUGUCCCCUGUAUUUUAGCCUAGCUAACUACAAUUUUGUAUUCAAAGCAAGGUCAUUGCUCAAUGUUGGGCCUUCUUUUCCUAUGAGGACUUGCAGCCAGAGGCAUCCGAAGUCUGGACAUAGAAACAAGAACUCCAUACAGAUGCUUUUCUUAAACUUUUCCAUACCCCAGUAGAACUGAAGUAGUCUUUCCUACCACUGGAAUCAGACCAACUGUAUUUUCUUGCUGAACAUGUGCAGUUAAAGUCCUCCUUAGCACAGACAGGUAAUUAAAGUUUCAUCCUCGCCAUCUCCGUCCUGCUUGGGAGGUGUGCUAAAAUUAAAUUCAGCUGAAGGAGCAGCUGUUAGUGCUUCAGUAAGGCCGUGUAAAAUACAGUUAUACAUUGCAAAUGUGAAAAGUAGAAUGUGUCAUGGUCACAGGUCAUUUGAGGGAAAAAA